UCUUUAUCAAUGUCCCUUUAUUAUUCCUUUCCUUUUUCUUCUCCUUUGUAAGUACUAUGGCCGUUGAACUAAUGAUAGGACACAAAAACAACAAUUUAACAAACAAAUUCCAAGAGAAUGCAGUUCAAGAAGCUGCUUCUGGUUUACAAAGCAUAGAAAAACUCAUUAAAUUACUAUCAUCGUCACAAACAUGUUCUUCAAAUUCAAACCCUAAUUCCAUGGACUAUAAAACCGUAGCUGAUGUAGCAGUUUCAAAGUUUAAGAAUGUUAUUUCACUUCUGAAUCAAAAUAGAACAAGAACUGGUCAUGCACGUUUCAGAAGAGCACCUUUACCUUCUACUACUGCCACUUCUGAAACUAGAGUCUACCAUGCUACUCCGUUGCAGCAGAUUCCUCCUCUAAUCGCCAACAAUAUUGAAGUUAUUGAUAAGAAUAUCAUUGAUUUUUCUUAUUCCUCUCAGGUUUCUUCUUCGUUUGGAAAGUCUUGUGUUUCUUCGUGCUCGUUGAAGAGAAAGUGUGGCUCUGAUAAUUUUGGCAAUGGAAAGUGUGGUAGUUCAUCUAGCCAAUGUCAUUGUUCAAAGAAGAGAAAAAUGAGGUUGAAAAGAGUGGUGAGGGUAGCUGCAAUAAGUUUGAAGAUGGCUGAUAUUCCAACAGAUGAAUAUUCUUGGAGGAAGUAUGGUCAGAAACCUAUUAAAGGAUCACCUCAUCCAAGGGGUUAUUACAAGUGCAGCAGUAUUAAAGGUUGUCCAGCACGAAAACAUGUAGAAAGAGCUUUGGAUGAUCCAUCUAUGUUGGUAGUUACUUAUGAAGGCGACCACAAUCACUCCCUCUCUAUGGUUGAAGCUAAUAAUCUCAUCUUAGAAUCCUCUUGAACUGAAUUGAAUUGAAUAAUCUUCAUUUCUCAUCUCAAAUAUACUCACUCUUUCUCAUGCCAUUAACUCAAGGCCAGCACAACUUUUUCAUCUCAAAGGAGAUUGAUUACUAAGGGUGGUGUUCCUUUUUCUUGUACAAUAUUGGAUUCCUUUAACUUUUCUUGUUCUCUUCACAAACUCCAACAAUGUGAACCCAUCGAGAUUAGUAUUAUUUAUUUUCAAAGAAAAAAGUGGAGAUGGUGGAUUUGGUAAAAAGAAUAGAAAGAAUUGAGUGGGGUUUUAGUAUUCUUUUUCCUAUUUAAUUUUAUUGCUUUAUAAGUGAUGCUUUAUCUUGGAUGCUCAUAAAAUAUUAUGCAACAUCAACAUUUCUGA